GGCUUUACAUCCCUUAUCAUAGGGUCUCUUCGCGGAUGUUCUUUCUUUUGCGCGAAGGCCGAAAGGACGGUCAUUCCCGAAUUUUUGACGUCCGUGGUUCUCAACGUCUACACGACCUCGUUCAUUGCCGGACGAAUGUACACUACUUCUUUAGGCGAUGUUUGUGAAACAUAUCGGGGACUCCGCUAUUCACUCGAAACACUACACCAACAUCGCGAGCAUCCUCGUCGAGUCAUGCGCACUGUUCACCAUCACCUCGGUUAUCUUCAUCGGAUUUUACCUUGCACACAACGCGGUUCAGUUCUUGAUGAUAGCCGUGCUCGCGCAGGUGCAGAUUAUCGCGCCGCUACUUGUUAUGCUCCGCAUCUCGAAAGAUGUUGCCUGGGAGGCGGACACGGCGACCACAGUCGACCACAGCGAGUCGACCCGGGCAUGCAGCGGUGCUCAAGGGCGCCAUCGUAUGAUAGCGAUGACGGGUAUUCAAUUUGCCAAAGAUGAUGGGGGUGCGGAAUGUGGGACUGAGGGAGCCAAGACAAUCGGUUAAAAUGUAUUCAAGGGAGUGUUGUUUCAGAAUUUUUGGGGCGAUGUACUGCUAUACGACUAUUAUAUGUUAUGAUACCUCACUUUGCGUUCAGGAUGAUCGCGCAAUAUACACUCUUUGC